AUGGAAUUCACUGCUGUUGGUCAAGUAGCUGGAAAAUUUGGGGUAUAUGCAACUGAAAAAGUUGAAAAGAAAUUGGUUACUUCAAAGACUACAAGACCAAGACUAGUGGAUGAAAUCACAUCAGACACUGAUAAAUUUUUGGAAGCUGCCAAUCACAGAUGCUUCAAUGGGUGGUAUAUUAACUUGUGGGCACGUUACAAGUUUGGUAAAGAAGCAUUCAAGAAAGCUAGAGAAAUUGAAAAGCUCCAAGAAAAAGCCAACUUCGAAGCUGUGCCAUACACUACUCCUUUGCCAGAAAUAGAGUCAUCUUCCUCAACCAAAAAUUUCACAGCAUUUGAAUCAAGGAAGUCACUGGUGAAGAGAAUUAUGGAGGCUCUAGAUGAUGAGAACAUCAACAUGAUCGGGAUAUGUGGGAUGGGAGGAGUUGGUAAGACAACAAUAGUGGAAGAAGUUUGCAGACAAGCUAAAGCAGAGAAGAAAUUUGAUAAGGAUGUGAUGGUGGUCGUGUCACAAACUCCAAACUUGGCAAAGAUCCAAGGAAAAAUAGCCCAGGAAUUAAACCUGGUUCUAGAAACUAAAGAUAAGUCGGAGACACCACAAUCAUUGUGGGUGAGAAUCAAGGCAGAGAAGAAGAUUUUGGUAGUACUGGAUGAUAUUUGGGACAAAGUUGAACUAAUUGAGAAGGUUAGUAUUCCUGUCGAGGAGGAUCAUAAGGGUUGCAAGAUCCUGCUCACCUCUCGAAGAAAAAAUGUCUACAACAAAAUGAAUGCUGAAAAGAUUUUCUCCAUGGAGGUGUUAGAUGAAGAAGAAGCAUGGAUACUUUUCAGAGGGACAGCAGGUGAAAUCGUUGGCUCUACUGAUUUGAAUCCUAUAACGAGAGAGGUGGCUAGGGAAUAUGGUGGCUUGCCAAUUGCCAUUGUAACAGUUGGAAGAGCUCUCAUGAAAAAUCGAAGCAAGGACGUGUGGAUUGAUGCAGCUUAA